GGUGAAUGGUAGGAAUACCACCACAACACCGACAGCCGUAACUGCUACUACUACCACAGAACGUGUGUAAAAAACUCAAUUCGCGGAACGUUUUGACCCUUUUUUGUUAAAGGAAAUGGCUUCGGUGGAGAAACAACUGAAGAACAUGGCUUUGGAGGAGCCCGAGUACAUUCAGUACCGUAUUGCUAUGUUUGAGCAGCUCCAAAAGGAGUACAAGGAAUUUAUUGCUGCUCAACCCCGCAAGACUAUUACGGUUACUUUGCCUGAUGGAAGUACUCGUGAGGCUACGAGCUGGGAGACUACGCCCAUGGACAUUGCUGUCUCCAUCUCCAAGGGUCUGGCUGACCGCACUGUCAUUUCCAAGGUGAAUGACCAACUUUGGGAUCUUACUCGUCCCCUCGAGGACUCUUGCACUUUGAAGCUUCUUGACUUUAACGAUCCCGAAGGCAAGCGUGUUUUCUGGCACUCUAGUGCUCACAUUUUGGGUGAGGCUAGUGAGUUGCAUUUUGGAUGCCAUUUAUGCAUUGGUCCUCCCACUACUGAUGGCUUUUUCUACGAAAUGGCCAUCGAUGACAACAAGACCGUCACCACUGAGGAUUACCCUGCUUUGGAGGCUUUGGCCAAGAAUGCCAUUAAACAGAAGCAACCUUUUGAGCGUUUGAUCGUCUCCAAGGAAAACUUGUUGAAGAUGUUCAAGCACAACAAGUACAAGCAACACAUUAUCGAAAGCAAGAUUCCCGACGGAACUAGCACCACUGUCUACCGUUGCGGUCCCCUCAUCGAUCUUUGCGUCGGUCCCCACGUUCCUCACACCGGUCGUGUGAAGGCUUUCGCCGUUAUGAAGAACUCUUCUUCUUACUUUUUGGGUGAUGCCAAGAACGAUUCUUUGCAACGUAUCUACGGUGUGAGUUUCCCCGAUAACAAGCAAAUGAGUGAGUAUAAAAAGUUCCUUGCCGAGGCCGCCAAGCGUGACCAUCGUAAGAUUGGCCGUGAACAGGACUUGUUCUUCUUCCACGAGCUUUCCCCCGGUAGUUGUUUCUUCUUGCCUCAUGGUGCUCGUAUUUACAAUCAACUUAUCGCUUGGAUUCGUGAGCAAUACAAGAUCCGUGGUUUCCAAGAGGUUAUUACACCCAACAUGUACAACGUUGAUUUGUGGAAGACAUCUGGUCACUGGAACAACUAUGCCGAGAACAUGUUCUCUUUUGAAAUUGAGAAGGAUAAGUUUGCCUUGAAGCCCAUGAACUGCCCUGGUCACUGUCUGAUUUACAAGAGCCGUGACCGCAGUUACCGUGAUCUUCCCUGGCGUUGUGCUGACUUUGGUGUUCUCCACCGUAAUGAGUUUUCCGGUGCUUUGACUGGUUUGACUCGUGUCCGUCGUUUCCAACAAGAUGAUGCUCACAUCUUCUGCCGUCCCGACCAAGUUCGUUCUGAGAUUGAGAACUGCUUCGACUUCCUCAAAUACGUUUAUGGAGUGUUCGGCUUCACUUUCCACUUGGAGCUUUCUACCCGUCCCGAAGAGAAGUAUUUGGGUGACCUCGAAACCUGGAACAAGGCCGAGGCUCAAUUGAAGGCCGCUUUGGAUGCCUCUGGUUAUGAGUGGGAGUUGAAUGAGGGUGACGGUGCUUUCUACGGUCCCAAGAUCGAUAUCACAGUUUUCGAUGCUUUGAAGAGACAACAUCAAUGUGCAACCAUUCAAUUGGAUUUCCAACUUCCUGAGCGCUUUGAGCUCGAGUUUCAUGGUACUACCGAGGGUGAUGAGGCUGCCGACUCUACGAACAAGAACAAGUACAUUCGCCCUGUCAUGAUCCACCGUGCUAUUUUGGGCAGUGUUGAACGUAUGAUUGCCAUCCUUACUGAACAUUAUGGUGGUAAGUGGCCCUUCUGGCUUUCUCCUCGCCAAGUCUCUGUUGUUCCUGUUUCUGCUGCUGCUUUCGACUACGCCAACAAGGUUCAAAAGCGCUUGUUCGACGCCGGUCUCUUCGCUGACGUUGACACCUCCGAUAACACUUUGCCCAAAAAGAUUCGUAACGCCCAACUCUCUCAGUACAAUUUCAUCUUUGUUGUCGGUGCUGAGGAGGAGAAGACGAACAGUGUCAACAUCCGUAACCGUGAUGAUCCCAAGAAGCAAGCCAAGACGGCCACUGUUCCCCUUGAUGAGGUUGUUGCUAAGCUUGUUGCUUUGAAGGAAACUAAGAACCCCGUCAACCAAAUCUAAUUACGUUCAAGUGAUCACAGUCUUUACGGGAUAGGUAGUAGUAGAUAGAGGACUGCAUACGUAAGCUAUAUCUUUUAACAUAAAGAUGUAUGUUAAAAAUUGUAUUCAAUACAAAUCAUGGUUUGUUUUUUUGUGCGUGAAUA